AUGGACGAGCCGCCAAAUACUUUCACUUGCGGUGAUGAUCAAGUUCAGAGUGAUGAGACUGAGGCCAUGAAUCAUUCUUCAAAUGGAAAAAAUGAUGUGAGCAAUCUGGAGAUUCCAUAUGAAGGAAUGCAUUUCAAUACACAUGAAGAAGCGCAAGAGAAUUGUACCGAAUAUAGACGGCGAAAUGGAUUUUCAGUUAGGGUUCAAUCAACAAACAAAACACGCGUUGGUGUAGACGAAGUGACAUCAGUUUAUAUGGUCUGUGCUCGCGAAGGGAAAAAAAAGAAAGAACAGAACAUUGAAGGAAUAGAUAAAAAAGGGAGAAGUUGCAAUACGAUCAAAUGUGAGUGCAAGGCAAAGAUUCGAUUUAUUUUUGACGAAGAACGUAGUAAAUGGAUAGUAACAAUAUUUUCAGAUGAACACAACCAUAAAUUUGUAUCACCAAGCAAGAGGAAGCGUAUGCGCAUUAACAGAUGCAUGCCAGACGAUGCAAAAGAUUUGACAGAGGCAUUUAAUAGGGAAAACAUUCAAAUUUCCAAAGUCCCAUCCAUUUUUGGUGGUGCAGACAUAGGUUUAGUCGAAGAGAUUAUUGGAAUCAUUUACGCAAUGUGA